AGAGUUGUCCAAACAACGAUCUGAUCUAGAAAGAGCGCGAGUUAUGGCUGCUGAGAUUGCACAGGAAGUGGAAGAUGGACGGCGGGACCUAGAGAUGCGAUACCAGGAACUUGACAAGGAAAAGAGAUUCUAUGACACUGAAAAUUCAACAACGGACGCAAGGCAUAGCUGCGGACGAAAGAACAGGUCGAGGACAGGUAAACAAAAGAAGCGUGCUUCGGACCCGACCACUCCGCUCUUCAAGUUGAUACAGCACAAUCCAUGGAAUGACACUGUGAAGCAACUUAGAAAGAAAGUUAAGCGCAAGUUUGACAUCGCAAGCAGUUCGUCGUGUGCUCCUCAAGGGGCGGGCGAAGAACUUAUGGCAAGCACGGAGGCUCUACUUCGGUUGCAAGAGCAGCAGCAGUUCUUGCAUGAAGCCGAGAAAACCUUGAAGUCUAACGAACAGUGGACCAAGAACUUUCUUAGCAGCGGGAAGAACAUUCCUUAG